GAUACAGUCAAGGACAAGGCCCAACACGCCGUCAUUCUCGACAAAGCCACCUCCGAUAAACUCUACAAGGAUGUCCAAUCCUACCGCCUCAUCACAGUCGCCACCCUCGUCGAUAGACUAAAGAUCAAUGGUUCCCUCGCGCGGAGAUGUCUUGCCGAUUUGGAGGAGAAGGGACAAAUCAAGAAGGUUGUUGGACAUAGCAAGUUGACGAUCUACAGUACGACUUCCAUAUCCCCGAAUCCCCUCCGAGACAACCAAACCAAAACCACAAAUGGGAAAGUGAAUUAG